UGUUUGGGUCUCGCAACAUUGCUCUCAAACAAACCCGUCACAGAGAAAUUCACGUAACCACGGUUUUAGGAAGCAGCCCGUAAGCAUCGCGCUUGAAAAUCAUACAUCAGAAUUUGAUAGCACACUAGUCUGUCCAUUUAAAGGUAGACUAGGGUGGAGGAGACAGGAGUAAAAUAAUAUACCGCUUGUGUGCAACAAAAGAACGUGUCGGGAUGUUGUAAAACGUUAUCUAAAAUAAGCAGCUCCAAAUAGCAAGUGCGUUUCGUUAUGACGGCGGUGAAGAUCACGCUGCAGUCGAAGGACGCGGCGUCCAACCUGCUGCGCUCGCUCCACUCGCAGUACCUGUUGGGGCACCUGUGUGACGUCACGGUGCAGGCGGGGCCGGAAGAGCGCCGGGGCAGCUUCCGGGCGCACAGAGCCGUCCUGGCGGCGUCCAGCGGGUUUUUCCGGAAGAUGUUGAUCGGCCCAGAGCCGCUGGCAGCCCCGCGGCACGCGGUCCUCCUGCAGGACGUCAGCUCCGACGACUUCGCAGCCUUGGUGGAGUUUGUGUACACAGCGCGCGUGGAGGUGACGCGGGCCCAGCUGCCCAGGCUGCAGCAGGCGGCGGCCAUGUUGGAGUGCAGGGACCUGGAGCAGGCCUGUCAGGUCACCACAGUUACGACCACUGACCCGGCCCCUCCUUCAGAGAGACAGGCCUUAAACCUGGGCCCUGGGAAAGAUGAAACUGUAGAAAGCAAAGGCAGUAUCACUUCCCCCAAUCAUGAGUCCUGGGGCAAAUCAGCGGCCAAUCAGGACACUGCAGGUGCUGAUUCCACUGUUGCUCUGGCAACCAGGGUGGUGAUCAGGAGGAUGCGCUGCCUGGAGACGGAGGGCGGGGCUGGGGGAGACGGGGGCGGGGCUGGGGGAGACGGGGGCGGGGCCCAGGGGGAGGUGUUUAGGUGUGAGGACUGUGGGGGGGCAGAGUUCCGCUCGCUACGUCUCUUCCAGACGCACGUGCGGCGGGAGCACAGGGCUCGGCUGGUGCUGCGGUACGCGUGUGACCUUUGCCCCCGCGUGGUGGCGACGCGGCAGAACCUGCGGGAGCACCGCGCGGCCGUGCACACCAGCGAGCGCGCCCACGCCUGCAGCGUCUGCGCCAAGCGCUUCAAACGCCCCAAAGACGUGCGCGACCACGCCCGCCGCGUCCACGGCCAGAAACGCCCCCAGCGCUGCCCGCACUGCGCCAAGCUGCUCUCCAGCAAGGCCGGGCUCGCCCUGCACCUGCGCACACACACCGGGGAGAAACCCUACUGCUGCACAGCCUGCGGACUCCGAUUCGCACAGAAGUCCUCCUACAACACACACACCAGAAGUGUUCAUCAGGGUCUGAGAGGAAGGAAGCCCCGUAGCCCCACAGUCCAGAGACGCAGCGGUCCCAGGACUGAUCUGGGAUCAGCGGGAACGCUGGCGAUCCGAGGACCAGAAUUUCCAGCAGAGGAAGAGGAGGAUGGUGGCUCAGGGAGGGGCGGGGGGGAUUGGCAUGUUACCACGGACACGGGCGAUGAUGUCAGAGCCCAGGGGGAGGGGACAGGUGCGGGGGCGUGGCGGGAGCACCGGGCGUGCGUGCACUCGGUCGAGCGCCGCUUCUCCUGCCCCGUGUGCGGCGGCAGCUUCAAACGGCAGCGUGACGUACGCACACACCGCGCGCGCGCGCACGAGGGCCGCGCCACACGCCCCCUCUGCUGCGUCUGCGGCCGCCUCCUCAGCUCCAGCGCCGCCCUGCGUCUGCACAUGCGCACACACACCGGGGAGAGACCCUACCACUGCACCCUCUGCAGCCAGACCUUCAGCCAGCACAGCCAACUCACUACUCACACCAGGGGUCACACGGGAGAGAGGCCGUAUAUCUGUGAGGUUUGUGGUGCAGGAUUCGGGGAAUCUGGGAAACUCACCACCCAUCGGAGGACACAUACAGGCCAGCGGAUGUUCCAGUGUGAUGUGUGCCAGAAGAGCUUCAGCUCCAGGGAGUACCUGAAGCACCACAGGGUGUGUCACCUGGGGGCCCGGCCCUUCCAGUGUGAGCGCUGCGGGAAGAGCUUCGGCCUGAGGGCGUCCUACUGCCAGCACCGCCGGGUCCACUCAGACACACGGCCUUUUUUCUGCGAGCUGUGCGGGAAGUCUUUCACCCAGCAGGGGGCGCUGCGGAGACACCGGCGGAUCCACACGGGAGAGCGGCCCUUCAAGUGCCGCGCCUGCGAACGCACAUUCACCGACAUGUCCACCUUGCGCAGACACGUGGCGGUUCAUGACAAAAAGGCGGAAUGGAGGACCUAUGUGAUCGACCUCGCGGAUAAGAAGGAGCACAACUGGUCUAAGAUCCGCGUGUUUGGAGCCAGCCCGGGGGACGGUUGCCAUGGGGAUGCGGUUAACAGUCUUUCUGCACCAAUCACACAAGGGACUGGGCACAAGAGUGACCAAUCACAGCAGCAGCUUUGAACCUGAGGACACAAGUCCCUCAUCAUUUUGAGACACUCCUGCUAAACGCGGGCGUUUUGUCUAUUAAUACAUUUCUAAGAAAUAAAACACAGACUCUGCUCAGGAAGCAUCAGUAUGAUCACUGGCCAUGCAUAACUCAGUAGAUAGAUCAUUACUUUUUUUUUUCAUUUGUUUACAUUCCUAUUUUUUAUCUUUGCCAUCUUCACCGCGUACUGUAUUACUGUGGUGUGCGUAACAAUGUCAGCAAAAACUCAAUUCUGUGUAAAAUGGACAAUUACAUUAAUUUUUUUAUAAAAAAACUUUUUUUUUUAAACUAGUGUAGGUGAGACCUUGUGAAAAGCGCCUGUACGGUAGAUAGACUAAACGUUUUGUAAUUCUAUUAAUGGUCUCAUCAGAGCUCAAUAAAUGUUGUAAGUCGUACAAUUA